GCCGCUCAGAGAUUGCGAACCAUCAUCGUCUCUCCAUCAACGCGCACAAAGAUGGAACAAGGAUUCAAGAACGACAUCACGUUCCUCGUCGGCGAGGACCAAACCCAAGUUCUCGCCUCAUCGCACGUCCUCCAGAGCGUUUCCAGGCCAUUCGCAUCCCUCCUCGGACCGCAUUUCCGAGAAGGAAGACAAUCGUCCGGCGGAGGAAGUGAUAGGACCAUCGCCCUCCCCGAUGAUGAUCCAGCCGCGAUGCAGAUCGUCUGCGACAUCAUCCACCAUCGCAGCAAGAAUGUUCCCGAUGAAACUCCCACCGAGCCAGAUGCACCGGGUCGCGCUCUUGACGGACAAUUAUGAUUGCACCGCGCCGACGAGUUUCGCGAUGAGGGCGUGGCUACAGCGUGAAUGCCCUGGUAUCGACGUGAAAGAUCUAGGGCUGCUUAUGAUUGUCUCGUACAUCUAUGAGCUUGCCGAGAAUUUUUCGGAUGUGACG